AUGUUAAGAUAUUUUCUUUACACUUACUGGAAAAAAAAUAUGGCGGAUGUAGCUCCAGCCGGUGGCCGAGGAGGCUUUAGAGGAGGUUUCGGAAGUCGUGGCAGUGGACGUGGUGGACCACGAGGAAGAGGACGUGGGCGUGGCAGAGGCAGAGGACGUGGUAAGGAAGGAGAGAAGGAAUGGCAGCCAGUUACAAAGUUAGGUCGUCUGGUCAAGGAUGGAAAAAUAAGAACCCUGGAAGAUAUAUAUCUAUUCUCUUUACCCAUCAAGGAAUUUGAAAUUAUUGAUUUUUUUAUUGGCCCUGUAUUGAAAGAUGAAGUUCUGAAGAUCAUGCCAGUUCAAAAACAGACUAGAGCCGGGCAGAGAACAAGAUUUAAGGCCUUUGUUGCUAUUGGAGACCACAAUGGACACAUUGGUUUGGGCGUGAAAUGUUCCAAAGAAGUGGCUACUGCUAUCCGUGGUGCUAUUAUCCUUGCUAAGCUCUCUGUCGUUCCAGUCAGGCGUGGUUAUUGGGGUAACAAGAUCGGAAAGCCCCACACUGUACCUUGCAAGGUUACAGGAAAGUGUGGUAGUGUGCAAGUGCGUCUUAUUCCAGCACCCAGAGGAACUGGCAUUGUAGGUGCCCCUGUACCCAAGAAGCUUCUGCAGAUGGCAGGUAUUGAAGAUUGUUAUACAUCUGCCACAGGAUCAACUGGCACUCUUGGAAACUUUGCAAAAGCUACGUUUGAAGCCAUAUCAAAAACAUAUGGUUAUCUGACGCCAGAUCUCUGGCGUGAUGUGCCAUUAUCUAGGGCACCGUACGCAGAAUUUUCAGAUCAUCUGCUGCGGAACCAUCAUGCCAAAGCUGUUCCUGUUGAUGAAUGA